CUUCGUGUUUCUGUUUCUUUUUACCACAUCGCACCGCCACCAAAAACCUGCGCCAACCCUAAUCGGAAUCUUCUCCCCAAUGGCGACCGCCAUCUUCUCUCCUUCCAGUCCACGCCGGUCACAAGUUCGCCAUCGCCAUGGCUCGCCAGCAUCCCAGAUCAGGCUUUGUCUCGAGCUGACAUAUGAUGUUCCCCCAAGUUGGAAUAAGGGAUGUUUGAAUUCAGCAAGUAAUAAGUGGCGUCAGUUUAAAUCCCAUCUCACUCAGACAUUCAUUUCGAACAAGCUUGACAAACCCGAAGAGUUGGAUGAACAACCUAGUGGCUAUGUUCUUGCAAGAGAUGAUUGGAUUUCUUUUGUCAUGACUUGCAUGUCUGACGACUUUAUUAAACUAAGUGAUCAACAGAAGGAGAAAAUAAAGAAGAACAUAUACCCCUAUCGCCUUGCUCGUAAAGGAUAUGCACGAUAUGCUGAAGAAAUAGCAAAUGAAUUAUGUGACGAUGAUGAAAUCAAUAGAGCUAUUAUUUGGAAGAAAGGAAGGGUUAAUAAAGAAGGGAAAUUUGAUGGCCAAGAGUUGAAAAAAACAAUAGACAAGAUUGAUGAUUAUAUACAACAGAAGCGUGAGCGUACACUCGAAAUUAAUGGGACAAAAGAAGAUAUUCUUACCAAAGCACUCAAUUCAAGAGAACAUGGUGGACGUGUGAGGGUUGUUGGAGGUCAUAUCACUCCAACAUUAUUCUUUAAUGUUAGUAGAUGGAAGACUGACGAUCUUAAUAGAGAGAUAAUGAUUGAGCAAAAGAGAGAGUUGGUGGAGGCUAGAAAAUUAAUUCAAGAACAAGAUACACGCAUUCAAAAACUUGAAGCAAUUGUCUACAAAAAGGGUGCAUGGAGCAGUGAUAUUGAUGACAAAGGCAGUUGCUCGGUAAAGUUACCUCAACAAAAUGACAAUAAAUUGAAAACCGAUAAGACUUUCCCCAGUUAUGAAGAGUUCAAUGAUGUCGAAAUGCAAGUUGUGGAUAAAGAAGUUGCUUUACAGGGUAAAUCAGUUAUUUUGACAUUGGAUUCUAGCACAGACAUUGUUGCAUAUGGAACAGUUGUUGAGGUCAAUGGAGUUCAUCACUUUCUCCAUGGUGUUCCGUUACCCAAGAAUUGUAUGUGUGUAUCCAUCGAUGAAGCAAUGCAAAAAUCAGCACGUUUGCCAGUUCCGAUUCCCAAUGAAUGUGAAACUAUUGGUGAGGCUGUUGGAACCCAUGUGGCUUGGCCAAAACACCUGCUAAUGCUAUGACACGAGGUGCAUCUAAGAUAAUAUUUCAAAGGAAAUAUCUGUGAAAUUAUUUAGUAUUGCACCUAUCUAAAAAGUUUACAAUUACAAUUAUUAGAAGCAUCAAAUGAAGAAAACGGCUCAUGUAGAAAAUAACCAGACUUUGUCAUCAAGUGUGCCAAGAUCGUUGCGCAUGUUGUAUUGUUAUUGUAAGCGUGCUAUUGAGAAUGGAAGGAAAUUGUCAAUUUUUUUAGAUCAUGAGGUAUUUCAAGAUGAUUAUGAACUGAACUUGCAUCUUGA